AUUAAACUGCAAUCCGUGGACGGAGAGAUUUUCGAUACAACCGUCGACAUCGUCAAAUGUUCUGGAACGUUGAUGACCAUGAUCGAAGCUCUGGGUCUGCACUUUUCGACUGAGGAAAUCAUUACGCUGCCGAACGUGGUCGCAGUAAUACUUCGUAAGGUACUGGAGUGGGCUACUUACCACAAGGACGAUCCGGCACCGAUUGAAGAUGAGGUUGUAAACGGGGAGAAACGGUCGGACGAUAUCUGCCAGUGGGAUCAGGAUUUUCUCCGCGUCGACCACGGUACUCUGCUCGACCUGAUGAUGGCAGCCAACUAUCUGGAUAUCCAGGCUCUUUUGGACACUUGUUGUAAAACGGUGGCGAAUAUGAUCAAGGGUAAAACACCGGAGGAGAUUCGGCAAAAUCUCAACAUUAAGAAUGAUUUUUCUCCGGAAGAGGAGGAACGAAUUCGCAGGGAGAAUGAGUGGUGUGAAGAGGCUUGA